UUCCUCCAGGACUUGAACCUAUGAACGAAUCCCCAAAUUUUGAAAUAUCUAGCGCCAUGAUGGUUUUUGCCGUAUCAUUAAUAAUUGCGAUCUCCGCAAGUGUGACGACUUACUUUAUAAUGAUGACUGGAUACGCCGAAUCCCAACUGUUAGCUCUGAGUGAAGAGCUCUUACAUCUUUGGGACGAUGCAGAACUCCACUAUGAGCUGGUAGCGGAGGUAGAGGCAUCAAGUGUGUCUGAAGAUGGAAGAAGAAAGCAAAUCAUUAUGAAUAAAUACGUCUUUGAUAGUCUUUGCCGCAUCAUCCCUCUCCACGCUACCAUUAAGAAAUUCUUCUACCAACUCAAUGAGGUCUUCAAGGGAAGUAUAGGCAUCGGUCUGUUCUUGCUUCUUCUUGGAGUGAUCUGCGUUCUUCUUGGUGGGCUGGAGAACACAUAUAUGCAACUGCCUUUCGGGAUCCUACUCGUCGGCCUAGACUGCUACAUUGGGCAGAGGAUGAAGGAUGCGGGCGUCGUGUUUGAGCAGGCCGUGUAUGACUGCCAAUGGGAGAACUUCAACAGUCGGAAUAUGAAGAUGGUUCUCAUCAUCCUACAGAAUGCUCAGAAGAUUGCUGUUGUCUCCGCUUUAGACUUUGUUGAAAUGGACUACGUAUGUUUAAUGGCUACUAUGAAGGCUACUUAUUCGACUUAUACUACUUUUAGAUCCAGUAUUGAGAACUGAAUUUCGGAAACCCGAGCGGAUUUUCCAGUAGAACGUAGUUGUCGCUGCACUUACACUAGUUAGUAAUGUCGUUUUUGGAGUAUUUCAAAAUGA